CCAUGCGGAGCCCCGCCACUACCGCCACUUCCGCCACUUAGCCCGUCCCACCCCGCUCCGAGCGGCGCGGCGGAGCGCUGGUUGCCAUGGCUUCGGUGAGGCGGGGCGGCCCGUUGCGCUGGGCCCGCCUGCUGUCCCCGGCUACGCUGGAGCUGCUGGCGCUGCCCUGCGGCCUGCAGGGGCCCGAGCACAGGCCUUGCGUUUCAGAUGAUUUAAAAAUAGGAUAUCACAGCAGAGAUCACGCAACACAAACAGAUAUCAAAGAAAUACCAGAAUUAAAUGAAUUAGCAGUUGCUACACAAGCUUUAAUCAAGGAAGAUAUCUGACUCACCAAUUCCCUCCAGAAAGAUUUGUUCAUCUACAAAAGCGCCAUUCAAGCACAAUAUGAAGAAAAAAUUGAAGAGCAAGUGUCGAAUCUCAAUAAAUAUGUAAAUGGUAGACUGACAGACAUUGAGACUUUUCAUAAACAGAUAAAGAGAAAAAAAGAAGUCCAAAUUCGACAAAGUUACCAACAGCAGUUUCGUGAUGCACUGGCUGUUCUCAGGGGAAAUAUUAAGAAGUGUUACAACAUAGAUAGAGAAGAUAUAGAAUGUUCAUCAGGAAAACUUUUGAGGUUUUUACGUGACAAACUGUGUGAGAAAGAGUCCAUAAUUGAAGAUCUGAAAAGAAAAAUGCAGUAAUAUCAAGAAAAUGAAAGGACUAGAGUGGUUGUCUUUGAAGAGGAUGACCGUGGAAACAAAAAGCUUGAAAAAGAGAAUGAAGAGUUCAAAGAAGAGGUUUUCAAACUACGCAACGACAUUGCUCGUCUUGAGAAUUGUCUGCAACACUCUGAAAAAGAAAAGCAUGCAUUAGAUAGGCAAGUUCAAAGAAUGCAAUUAAAAAUAGAAAGUGAUGAGCAAACUAUUCAACAGUUGAUUGAAUUUCAAGAAGAGAUGAAGGCAGAACUUGAAAACAGAAGAUCAUUAUAUAAAAAUCUGAUAACAAGUGUAGCUGCUGAAAGUUCCCUGACUGCUGAAAAUGAAGAAAUGUGAAGUCAAGAGAGGCAAACCAUAGCAAGAAAGAAAGCUGAGCAAAGUAAUGCAAUAUGGAAAAAGAGAUUCCAGAUUGUACAAAACAGUCUGCAUGCAAUUAAGGACGAGAUGUUUCUUAGACAAACACUGCAACGCCAGUUUCUAGCAUUUAGAUAUACAUUUGCUGGUGAAACAAUGGUUUGCCCAUUUUGUAUUGAAAAUGACAUAAAAGGCACAGACAGAUUCAAAGAUGGCUCACAUUUACCUUCAAAUUUGCCUAAUGCCUCAAGCUCAGUGAAUGGAUUACUAAUCGCUUCUCAUGAUCUUCAACAAGAAAAUAUUUCUCAUCUAGCCCCAUUAUAUUCCCAGUCUACUGGAAAGCAGAAAGAAGACGCAGGUGAAUUUCCUAGGCUUCUAAACACACCAAAAAUGGCCAGUGUUUGAAGAUGGUGCUUUUGAAAUCUUUGAUGCAACGUAGCCUAUUCUGCAAUUUAAGUAUUUGUUUCUAACUCUUUAGUAUAUACUUGAACAUAAUCAUAUUUCUCCAGAUACAUUUUCCUGCAAACCUUCAAUGUACACAGAGCUUUUGGGGUCUCCUUCUUUGGAGAUACUCAAAACCUGCCUGGAUGCUUUCCUGUGCAAUUUACUCUGGGGAAUCUGUGUUAGAUGGGGUGUUGGAGUAGAUGAUCUCCAGAGGUCCCUUCCAGCAUAGUUCUGUGUGACUGUGAAUAGUCCUCUCUUCCCAUGAGAAAAGAGAUGAAUGUAAUGCCAUUUCAAUGCUGAAUUCCAAUAUCACCACUAAACUUUAUUUGAAGAACAUUAUGAGAUAUUUACCUUUUCUUUUAGCAUCUAUCAAAAAUACACUACAACAACAAAGAUGCAUGAGUAUAAUACUAAACCCUCUUCUUUUCAGUAUCUCUACUAUUAAAUAAUUUUUAAAAUGUAAUUGCAAUUAAGCACAAUAUUGUUCACUCUAUCUCUUAGGAAUGUUAGUUUAUGGUUUAUUUAAAAAGCAGGAUUGUUCUGAGGGCUUUUUGUUUAUUUGAUAUGUGGUAUAACAAUUUAUUUACCAGUACCUUAUGGUUCCUUCUCUGGCAAGAUGCUGAGUAUCAAUACCAAUAUGUGGAUAGCAGUGUUUAAUUCAAGUGGCUGUGCUUAUGUCUAGAACAAACUACACAUAUCUAAAUGAUUUGUUGUAAUUUUCAUAUGUAUUUCUGACUAUGUAAAUAUAGAGAAUUGCUACCUUUUCUACAUUUUUAUCUGUAAAUGUGUGAACAUCAUUUAAACAUUUCCCCUUGGUUUAGUUAUACACUCCAGUAUACAAGUUUUUACUUUGAACAUCGCUGUACUCUUUGCAUUCUGCUUAUGUAGCUCUUCUUCAGCUAUUCUGAUUCCGUACGUACAAACUGCUUUUAUUUUGGGAUGAGUUAGAGGUAUCACAAGUGUGGAGAUCAUUCUGAUAGCCUUGAUCCCUUGGACAGUCCUAAUUCUGGAAACAUUUAGUUGCCUCUACUGUUUUGCAAUUAGCAUUGGCUGUGUUGUGAUCAGUAAAUAACAGUGAUAAGGGCAACCACGAAGAAUAUAUUGUAUGUCACAGUAUUUUGUGAACAAUCAGAUUUUUCCUUCUUCCUGUUGGCUGUUUGCUUAAACUAUGAAAAGAGAGCUAAGUUAGCCUGUAUGCUUUUGGAGCAUUAACUCAGUGUCAGUUCCCCCACAUGUGGAAGGCUACAUUCAAAAGGACUCAGAUCUAUUACAUUCUUGCUGGAGAGGACUGCCCAGUAUACAAGUGGAGGAUUCUUUGGGAUUUGAGGCAAAAAGUUCUUUAAUAGCAAAUUUACACUUAUCUCAAAAACACAAAUAUCUUACUCAAGACUCAAGAACAGAGGACUUGCAGGAAUCCUCUAAUAUAUAUAUUUUAAGCAAGUAGGGAUGUUUUGGAUGUUUGAGUGUUUAUGGCUCUUCUAGUUCCACAUGAGAGACUGUGCAUUCUUGAUAAACAGAUGAAAGUACAGUAACUUUAGAGUCUGGAUGCUUCACACAAUGACAUUAACACUAGUUACCUUUACUCUUUGAAGUCUAUCUAACAAAUGCAUAACCCUUUUAAAUACCUACCAAGCAGGAACUUGUCCAGACAGGCACUGUUAUUAGCAACUCUUGGUAAUUGCCAGCGUUUUAUGAGUUUGAACCAAAUGUUUUAUCAUUCAAAAUAAGAGCACCCUUAUUAUGCAAGUCUCUUCAUAAAUCACAGAUAAAACACAUUACAUAGAACUAUGUGAACUAUAUGAAGCUGUAUUUGUUAUAUUCAACAGAUAAUACUAAGUACAAUUAAA